ACAAUGAUAACAACAACAACAACAACAAAUUUGUGUUUAUUAUUUUUCUGUAGGAAGAAAUCUUUCAUUUUAAAUUCAGCUUUCAAGGAAGAUCACAUAAGAAGUCAAGAUGGAUCCAGCCCUUUUGAAAGAGAGAGCAAAGUUUAUGAAUAGAGCUCUUGCUCAGCCAACGGUUGAGAAGAGAAAAUCAAAAUCUAGUCAUGAUAGUGAUAAGGCAAAGAAAGCCAAAGUCUCCUCGUCGAGACCAAAGGAACCAAAAUCAAGCAGUGCUGCAUUUGAUUAUAAAACAGCUUCAGGUAGUUCUCAGAUGAAGUUUGGAAUUCUGGCUAAAGUUGUGAAUUUUAUGAAGAAAAGACAUCAGGAUAAUGACACUUACCCUCUUAGUAUUGAUGAGAUUUUGGACGAGACAAAUCAGUUAGACGUAGGAAAUAAAAACAAACAUUGGUUAAUUACUGAGGCUUUGCCAAAGAAUCCAAAGAUUCUGAAUGUCCAGGAAGAUGGAGAAACAAAGUAUAAAUAUAAGCCCACAUAUGAACUCAAAGAUCGGAAAGCAUUUCUCAAUUUACUCAAGAAGUGUGACUUACAUGGUGAUGGAGGCUUAUUACUGGACGAUAUAGAAGAAAGUUUACCCCAUUGUCAACAGGCUUUGAAAAAAUUAGGUGACAGUAUAUUGUACAUAACACGUCCACAUGACAAGAAGAAGAUCCUAUUCUACAAUGACAAGUACUGCCAGUUCAACAUUGAUGAAGAGUUUACAAAGUUAUGGAGAGGUGUUUCUGUAGAAGGUCAGGAUGAAAGAAAAAUUGAAGAUUAUUUAGAAAAACAGGGCAUUACAUCUAUGCAGGAUGUGGGACUUAAAACAGUGACACCAGCUCAAAAGAGGAAGAAGAAAGGUGGUAAAAGAUCGUUUAAGAAACAUAACGAGCAUUUAGAGGGAGUUUUACAGGACUAUGGUGAAUUUAAAGCCAGCAAAUUUACUUCCUGAUCAUGUAUCUAGUGUAUAAUCAGAGUUGAUACCUAACCUUCGGAAGGACCUUUUUUCCCCAACAAUUUGAAAGGAUAUUUUGAAUGUUUGCACUAUGUUUAUGCACAUUGGGAAUUGUAUGAUGCAGUCAUUUUUUGGUCUGUAGCAGUCAAACUGCAGUUGUGGUUCAUUUUUUGAUAUGAUACAUUAUUACGUCUGCUGGCAGCAACUUAAUGUACUCAUGCAAACAGUGCUGAUCAAGAUCAGCUGGUACUGUCAUGCCAUCAGAUCAUGGUCUGCACUGUUUGCUAUACAGUCACUACAAAUUUUCCCUAAAAAUGAUAAAUGGUUUUGUCCGAUUGAAAGAUGGACAAAGUUGAUUUAAACUAUUUUAGGGAGGUAAGGUUCAAAGAGAGGCGUUAAUGAAGAAAGAUACCUUGUAGAUGCAUACGAGUGCUGCUGUAUUUGUAAUACAUGCAUUAUAAGCACAAAGUAAGAUUAACUUAGACAGUGAUAAGUUUUUGCAUAGGACAGAGACCAAACUAUAGGCACUUUUCUGAUUAACAAAACAAUUGGGAGAAAAAAACUAUUUCAUACCAGUUUUAAGGUAUAUACAUAUUUCUUUUUAAUUUAAUACAUAAUGUAUUAUCAUCUGACAGAAAGGGAAUGUCUUAAAGUUUUGUUACUUUUCUCAAUGUUUUCCCAAUUUAGUUGUUAAAAGGCAUUAAUUGUUACAAAAAAUGCUUUUAAAAUCAUUUUGAGGUAUAAAUGCAAAUGAAAAGAAUAAAUUCCAAAAGUUAAUUUUGAAAGUGUAUUUACAUUUCUUUUACAGUUAAUUAGUUCUAAGUAAACCAAUUUACAACUUUGAUUUUUUUAUCAUUUCUGGUUUGAACAGCUACAACUUUAUUUAUUGGUAAGGAUGAUUAUCCUCUUCAUCAGAGGCAUGACUGAAAUGUCACUGCGAGUGAAUGUGUACUGGAAGAAAUUGUGUUAUGAUAUAUGAAUAGAAGAUUGGUUUUCAACUUUUAGACAUAUUUGAAAUGUAUCUAGACAAAUAAAAGAAUACUUUGUUGUAAAGUAAAUAAUUUUAAGAUUUGAUGACAGAAUCAGAAUUAUGAAAAUGUAGGUUAUUUUUUGUUUUUCUUUUUUACAUCAUUUAAACUUUAUGUCAAUGAUUAUCAAUAUGCUGUAUGUUUAUCAAAACAAUUGCCAUUGAGAAUGUUAUUUGUUGUAUGACAAAUUGUUUUACAUAUUAGUAAUAAAAGAAUGGGAAAAGCA